CUCUGUAGGCUACCCGGGGUGAAGCUGCUGAGGGCUCCAGCAGAUGCCUGGGGGCGCUCAUCCUCUGCUGAGUCUGGACUUCCUUCCCGGAUUCAGACCUCGCUGCUGCCCCGGGGACGCUACCGGAUCUUCUCCUGGUCCUCUCCUUCCUUCAUCUGCUGAUUUUCUUUUCCCUUCCUCCCCCGCACGCGUCUCCCAACUCUGCUUUUCUCUCCCCUACUCCCGGCCCCCGUGUCUGGCCAUCCUAAGUAAGCAUCCCACCUGCUGUCCUCUUGACUUCUGUCCCUCCUUGACCUCAAAUCCCUUAAUUAACAAGUCCCUGUCAUAGCCUUCUCGCCAGACUCUCCUAAACUCAUAUUUCUCUCUACCAUCUCCUGACUCCCAAAUUCCAGCUAACCCUUGACCUCUUGACAUCUGACCCUGACACUGUAUAGAUUCCAGACCUCUAAAUUUCUACCUCCCUGCAGCCUGGACCGCUGGAACUGAGGCUCUCCCCAGGAUAUUCUGACCUCAAUUCUGAAGUUAAUUUUAACUUUCUUACCCCUGGGCCAGUUCCUGCUACUGCUGUCCCACCAUGGACUUCUUGAUGAGCGGCCUGGCAGCCUGCGGGGCCUGUUUGUUCACCAAUCCCCUGGAGGUGGUGAAGACCAGGAUGCAACUGCAGGGAGAACUGCGGGCCCCCGGCACCUACCAACGGCACUACCGAAACGUCUUCCAUGCCUUCAUCACCAUCGGCAAGGUGGACGGCUUGGCGGCCCUGCAGAAGGGCCUGGCCCCUGCCCUCUUAUACCAGUUUCUGAUGAACGGCAUCCGGCUGGGCACCUACGGGCUGGCAGAAGCUGGGGGCUACCUGCAUACGGCUGAAGGCACGCUCAACCCUGUUCGCAGCGCCGCAGCUGGGGCCUUGGCUGGGGUCAUGGGAGCCUACUUGGGGAGCCCCAUUUACAUGGUGAAGACACACCUCCAAGCACAGGCAGCCACAGAAAUCGCUGUGGGGCACCAGUAUAAUCAUCAGGGCAUGUUUCAGGCACUAACCAAGAUUGGCCAGAAACAUGGUCUGGUGGGGUUGUGGCGUGGGGCCCUGGGCGGCCUGCCCCGAGUUAUCGUCGGUUCCUCCACCCAGCUGUGCACCUUCUCCUCCACCAAGGACCUCAUGACCCAGUGGGAGAUAUUUCCACCCCAGAGCUGGAAGGUGGCUCUGGCGGCUGCCAUGGUGAGUGGCAUUGCGGUGGUCCUGGCCAUGACACCCUUUGACGUGGUCAGCACCAGGCUGUACAACCAGCCCACAGAUGCUCAGGGCAAGGGCCUCAUGUACCGGGGGUUACUGGAUGCUCUGCUGCAGACGGCUCGGACAGAGGGCAUUUUUGGCAUGUACAAGGGAAUAGGUGCCUCCUACUUCCGCCUUGGCCCCCACACCAUCCUUUCCCUCUUCUUCUGGGACCAGCUGCGCAUGGUCUACUACACCUACACCAAAUAACGACAGCCGCUCUUCCCCACUCCAGCAAAUCAGCACUCCUUGGACUCUUCCGACUCCAUUUUUUAUUACCGGGAGACUUCUGACCAGAUGACCUUUCAUCCAUCCGAGGGGGACCGCCAACACCACUCCCCAUCUGAUUUCUCAGGAUUGAAUCACUACAAGGGAUAGUUUCCCUCCCUUUCUUGGGUGUUGCUUUAAACCUUCCCUGCCUGUACUCCUACACAUUUCACACCGCUCUCUCAGGGCUGAACCUGUCACUCCAAAGUGUGUUUCCUCCCUUUCUCCACUGCCGGCCUUGGGUCCCUUCUGAUCCCAUGUAUAAUUUUAACUUCACCUGUCCAAGACCAAAGGGAAUUGAGGGGACCCAGGUGUUCUGUUAGAUUUCAAAGGCACAGAGAUUAUAUUGGUUAUAAAGCAAGUUUAUUUCUGCAGA